AUGGCACUCUAUGUGACUAUUUCUUAUGCAGGUGCAGCAGCAGCUGAAUUUUCAGCCAGGGCAUUACCAGGGUUUUUGCAAAGUCUGGUUUCCAUGAUCAGUCCCUCUGAUGCAUUGCUGGAAGCAUUUCUUAAGACUGAUGCUGCAUUUAGGAAUGAACUGGAUUCUCAUCGUAAAUUGAAAGGAUUUAUCAAGAAAGACUGGCACCCUGGUUGUACUGCUGUUGCUGCUCUUGUAGUUCAAAACAAGCUUUUUGUUGCUAAUGCUGGUGAUUGCAGGAUAAUCUUGUGUCGAGCCGGCAAUGCCUAUGCUCUAAGUAGGGAUCAUGUGGCAAGUUGUCUUGAAGAGAGAGAGCGUGUUACAAGUGCUGGUGGACUAGUCAAAUGGCAGGUUGAUACAUGGAGGGUUGGUCCUGCUGCUCUGCAGGUUACACGUUCCAUAGGUGAUGAUGAUCUAAAGCCUGCUGUAACUGCUGAACCUGAGAUUACUGAGACCAUUCUGUCUGUGGAGGAUGAAUACAUUCGAUGGGCUCUGGAUGUUGUGAGCAAUGAAGAAGUAGUAAGCAUAAUUAGGGACACUGUGAAAGAGCCUGGGAUGUGCUCAAAGAGAUUGGCGACUGAAGCUGCUGAACGUGGUGGCAAAGAUAACAUAACUGCCAUUGUUGUCUUCCUGCGUCCAGUCUCCACAGCAGAGAGAAUUUACUAG